AAAAUAAAUAAGUAAACAUUAAAAAACAAUUAAAAAAAAGAUUAAGAAAGCAAAUUAAACCUUAUGUAAAGAAGGUAGGAGAGAAUUUUCAGCAUUGAAACAGCUUUCCAUUAUAUGUCAAGGGGUAUGCUUCAUUGUCCCUGAAAUUAAUCAGCUUGAACUAUCUACUCUUCAAAUUAAGGUGGUAGUGGUUUUGUUUUGUAACCAGCCAGACAGUAGGUUCCUAAUUUUGUCAAUGUGGCAAUCUGAGAUAGGAAGUGUGGCUUCGUUUCAGAAACUGAGAUGUCCUGGAAAAUGAGAAGCCCAGCGGUGGGAGGUUUGGUGCCUAGGGGAGUCUUUAGAGACCCCUGUUUUCUUUUGCUCUUAGCAUUCUCUGACCGGUUAGGUAAGCAUUCAGCAGCUGGCCCCCUGUUUAGCUUCAGAGCAGCUCCCAAGUGUCCGUUCAUGUUCAGCUUUAGGGAGGGUGAGAGGACCUUAGGGGGAAGCGCCUAAUGGGCUGGAAGUUGUGGACAAAGCAGGCCCAGAAGUGCAGGUAAUGAGGCAAAUCACGGGGGAUUGAGAAGAGCAUCGCGCUGAGCUGGAGAAAGUGAAGACUCAGGAGAAUUUUACUACUGAAACCCGAGGCAGCUGCUUCCGGGCAGACCUGUUAGGGGAUCAGAGAUCGGGGAUUCACAUCAGCUAAGUCUGCAGGGUGGUGUUUUUGCCUGGCUUUGUGCUCCCUAUUUGUACAGAGAUGAAAAUCAUUUGUGUUGCUCAUUACCUACCUGGGAGGAGCCCCUGCUCAGGCCCAGGCAUUUUCCCUGUGCACACGGGUAAAGGACUAAAGGCCAAGUCCCCUGACCCCUCCUCUCGGCAUCUACUCCUCCCUGACCACUUGGGCCACUCUUUGAUUUCUGGGUACUUCUUGCCAAACACCGUAAGGAAACGCUCUUCCUUUUGUGGUCUUCCUCUACCCAGGCCCUUCUGCCCACUUCUCCCCUGAGAUCUGUUGAAAAUGACUUUCCCGUGCAAGUAGCCCAGUUUAACUGAAUUGUUUCUUAGCCUCAUAGGGUCACCUUGUCUCAGAACAGACACACAGCAGCGACCUGCAGGGCACCUUCUGGAAAGCAGUGCUGGGAAGUGGAGAGGGGAGGCAGUUCUUUCCCUUUCCCAGCCCUGGGCAGGGCCUCCCCUCACAAGAGCCUGUAGAGCCCAAGUCCUACAUGACCUCAGUUUGGGUCCUGGCCCAGGAGAGUGGCUGGCAGCAGUGGAGGCCCAUCUCCUGCCGCUCCUCUGUGGCAGGAUGGGCCGGGUGGCCAGGGUGCGGGCGCAGCCAGGCCCCAUGAGCAAGCUGCUCAGGAAGCUCCAGCUCUGUUGGGUCUGUUCUAGGAGCCAGCCCAGCUCUGCACUGGAGACUCUCCAGACACAAGGCGUGUCUCCACAGCUGGAUCAACCUUGGGUUACCCGACAUGGUUAUGUCAAGGGAGGUGCCAUGGUUCUUAUCUUCCUAAUCCUUGCCACUUUGCCCUCUCUUCCCACUUUAGCAUGGGCGUCUUACAUGACCAACUCCCCAACGCUCAUUGUUAUGAUUGGCCUGCCAGCCCGGGGCAAAACCUACGUGUCCAAGAAACUCACACGCUACCUCAACUGGAUUGGAGUGCCCACCAAAGUGUUUAAUCUUGGGGUAUAUCGGCGUGAAGCAGUCAAGUCCUAUAAGUCAUAUGACUUCUUCCGGCAUGACAACGAGGAGGCCAUGAAGAUCCGCAAACAGUGCGCUCUGGUGGCACUGCAAGAUGUGAAGGCAUAUCUUACGGAGGAGAGCGGGCAGAUCGCGGUGUUCGAUGCCACCAAUACCACUAGGGAGAGGCGGGACAUGAUUCUGAACUUUGCCAAGGAGAAUUCCUUCAAGGUAUUCUUUGUGGAAUCUGUCUGUGAUGAUCCUGAUGUCAUUGCUGCCAACAUCCUGGAGGUAAAGGUGUCGAGCCCUGACUACCCUGAAAGGAACAGGGAGAAUGUGAUGGAGGACUUCCUAAAGAGGAUCGAGUGCUACAAAGUCACCUAUCGGCCCCUUGACCCAGACAGCUAUGACAAGGAUCUUUCUUUCAUCAAGGUGAUAAAUGUGGGCCAGCGAUUUUUAGUGAACAGAGUCCAGGACUACAUCCAGAGCAAAAUAGUCUACUACCUCAUGAACAUCCACGUGCAGCCUCGCACCAUUUACCUUUGCCGGCACGGAGAGAGUGAAUUCAACCUCUUGGGGAAGAUCGGGGGCGACUCUGGCCUCUCGGCACGGGGAAAGCAGUUUGCCCAGGCUCUAAGGAAGUUUCUGGGGGAACAGGAGAUAGCAGACCUCAAAGUGUGGACAAGCCAGCUGAAGAGGACUAUCCAGACUGCUGAGUCCCUGGGUGUAACAUAUGAGCAGUGGAAGAUUCUGAAUGAGAUCGAUGCUGGUGUGUGCGAGGAGAUGACCUACGCAGAGAUUGAGAAGCAGUACCCAGAGGAGUUUGCGCUUCGGGACCAAGAGAAAUACCUGUAUCGAUACCCUGGCGGGGAGUCGUACCAGGACCUGGUGCAGCGGCUGGAGCCUGUCAUCAUGGAGCUGGAGCGUCAGGGCAACGUCCUCGUCAUCUCCCACCAGGCUGUCAUGCGCUGCCUCCUGGCCUACUUCUUGGAUAAGGGUGCAGAUGAGCUACCGUACCUGAGGUGUCCUCUCCAUACCAUAUUCAAGCUUACUCCUGUGGCCUACGGAUGCAAAGUGGAAACAAUUAAACUCAACGUGGAGGCUGUGAACACUCAUCGUGACAAGCCAACUAACAACUUCCCCAAGAACCAAACCCCUGUAAGGAUGAGAAGGAACAGCUUUACGCCUCUGUCCAGUUCGAAUACAAUAAGGCGUCCAAGAAAUUACAGUGUUGGGAGCCGGCCCCUCAAGCCCCUCAGCCCUCUCCGUGCCCUGGACACGCAAGAAGGGGCCGACCAGCCGAAGACCCAAGUCAGCAUUCCGGUGGUGUAACCCUAUAUCCCCCACCCCACCCCUGCCCCGGCUUGGCCUCCUGCCCUUGUCACUAAUCACCAAGGAGUCAUUUAACUUCUAGCCCCCACCCCCAACAACACACCGUGGAUCUCAACAGAGAACAUGAGCUCAUGUGUUUCCAGACCAAUCUUAGCUGUUCUCCAGUGUGAAACAUCUCCCUGCCCAGGGGCAAGUUGACCUGCGGCCGUUUCAGGACAUGUCCUCGGUUGGGGUGGUCUGGAGGAGGAGGAAAAGGGGUACACUCCCCUGGGUGCUUAGCAUAGCUGGCUCUGAGGUUAAGUAUGCCCCAUAGACUUGGUUUUUGUCCUCGGUGUCUAAACUCACUAAUGUCCUUGUGUUGCUAAAGUGGGGGGCAGGGCAGAGGGGGGACACAGAAGCCCAUUUUGCCUUCACUUUUGUCUCUUCAAGGUGUGCUCUACUCACAGUCCUUACUUGCCUGCUUUGUUCCCCUCCCUCAUCUUCCCUUUGGAUUGUCCGGUGUGAUGCAUGGCAUUGUCAUCGUGUCUGUCGAGGUGGGAAGGGGUGGUGGACGAGAGAGAAGUCAAGGCUCUGUUGAUGCUCUCUCUACAGGGGGCUUCAAUGGAUCGGGACUGGGGAGUGUGGUUCCCCCCCCCCCCCUCCUUUCCUCUCAAGCCAGAUCGUGAAAGGGUCAGCCCAGGCCUCAGAACAUCCACAGAUGCUCUGGAGCCUACAGGUGGACACAGAGCGAGAGCUCGCACCUCGGUUCACGAGAACCAGUCUGAAGUGUGCGGUGUCCUGGGGGAGUUGGCUCUGAGCACGUGGGAAAUAGCUGGGUUGGUAGUUUUCACUUCGGGAGCCAGGCACAGGGCCCUUGGCAGUUGUGGAGUGAGAUUCAGAAGAGGACGGUCUCUAGCUCUUACUGGGCUCCUGUAGGGCGGUCGUGUCUUUUUUUCCCCAGUGGCUCCCCAUUUGCCAACCACAGCAGCUUUCCUGCCAAGGCCAGUGACCUCUGGGGCUGUUGAGAAGGACAGAGUUAAAGAGUCACCUCUGAUGGAAUUGCUCAAACAGCAGAGAAGAGUCCACUAGAGCUUUUUCUGAUUUUCCCGUAAUUUUCAACACACUCCCCUCUUUACGUUAAAAAAAAUUACGCAAGAGCAGUUGUUGUUUUCUUUGUUCUAAAUAUGGAGAAGCCUGGUCGUGAAUUUAAUCUCCCUCACUGGCAUAUUCUUUUGUCUCAUCUUGCCAUCCAGAAGUCUUCGGGACCCUGAGGGGUCUAGCCUUUCAUUGUCCGGAAUUGCCUGUUCUCUUGUGUCACCUUAUUUUCUCAGUAGGGCUAAACAGGAAAUGUUUAGAGCAAGGAGUUCUUCUUAGCUUCUUGGUGACCCGUGGCGGCAUACUCCUCCCCCCCUCCGAUUCUGUAUCUAAAACAGGAACGUAUGUGCAGUUUUCUGAGAGGGAAGUCCAGAUCUCUCAUGAGAUUUUGUUUUAAAAACGAUGGAAUGGGUCCACACCUUGAAGUUACCGAUUUGCCUUUUAGAGGUAACCGGCAAGAGCCAGUUACCUGUUUGCCAAGGGUGUUUUCGUUGGGUGAUAGAUGACCUUUUGUCAUGGUUCUCACCUAGGAGCAGUCAUUAGAAUCCUCUUUAGAACUUUUGAAACCUAGACGUGCCUGGGUCCACUUCAGGCUUAAUACUAACUCAGAGUCUUUGGGAUUGGGGUCUGGACAUGCACGUGUUGAAACGACUUCCCGAAUUCUGAUUCCUACUCCACAUUAGAACUCCUUUUUAUGAAGCUGUGGGGGAGAAAUACUGGAAUAGUUCCUUGGACAGCACGUCAACCUAAGAAUUCGGAAUUCCUCUCAGCUCGGAAGGGGUGAUUCUUUGGAGUUAGAUGUGUGAGCAGAUCACAAUAUUAAAUGAAGUGACGCCUGUGAAGGCAGUCUGCUGUGUUCUAGAGGGUCACCCUAGGUUCUAGUCCCAUCUUUAACCCUUUGUGUUGAACAGAUCCCUGUGUGAAUAAAUGCACUUGGGUAAUAGCUGGGAAUUUUAAGCACUCUGGGUAAAGGCACAGAGAUAAAACUUGUCGAAUGAUAAGGGUUAUCAUCAUAGGCAGCCCACUUGUGACCAUGAGUCCUUUAUUGUUACACCCAUCACUGCCUUUCCAAAGGCUGCUUGCCUAGAUUCUGCUCCUAAUUGCAUCUAACCUGCUAUUCCUGUUUCGCUGUUACAUUCUAUGUACACAGUGUCUUUGUGGGGGUUGGUGGUGAGGGUGGUGGAGGGGUGGGGUACAUAGAAGUAGAAGAAAAGGUCCUUGCCCUGAAGAAGGUUAUAUUAGAGACAGGGUGUACAAUUUAUGCUAAAUGAACAUUUGCGAAAGAGCGACACAUCGAGUCUGUAAAUGUAGACAUUGCAGUGGAGUUCGGAUUACUUCUCCUGACAUUCCUCUUGUCCUCUGGCUAGGAGACUAAAGGGGCUGGGAGGAGAGAACCCCCACCCCGCCAGGUGAGAAUGAGGCCUAGGUGGUAUGUGUGGCACUUUGAGAAGGUGGCCUCAUCUCACUUGGCUGGCAGCAUUUUAGCCUAAAUGAUUAUUAUUAUUUUUUUUCUUCUUUUUUUCCUGCUGUGCAGUGAGAGCAAUUCAGAGCUCAUGAAUGACGAGCAGGAGCAUCUUGAGCCAAAGACUUUGGAUUUGGGCUGUACAUACUUUUAGUGAGAGGAGAAUUCUCUAACGAGCUAGCAUUGCGUUACCCUGUUGUAAACCCCACCACGGGACACACAGGUCACUGGGGAGUUCGUUCUGGCCCUCAGCCCGCCCAUCGUUUCUCCACUCUCCCCCUGCCCUAGUGUGCUUCCCCCAGAAGAGGAGCCUGAGGUGGGCUUACUACGCUCAGGUGGGACCCAAGAAAUUAGGAUUUGACAGUAGCAUGGGUUUCAGAGUCCUUCAGUUUCCAGAGCAAGAUCCCUCCAGAGAAGUUAGAGCAGGAAGAAGCCAGGAGAAUACAGAAGGCGUAGAGCUCUUACUCCACAUUUCAGAGAAGUUCUACUUCCUUUCUUUUCUGUCUUCCUCUUCCUUUCUUACUAAAACAUGUAUUGGUAGUAUAUACACAUGACUGUAAUUGUGCCUAGAUCACAGAUUCUACAAAGAAAGGAUGGAUUCCGGAGUACCCUUUGCUGAGACUUUCCAUUUCGUUGUGGGAGAAAUAGGCGAAGGUUUUAGCAUUUAAUCUAUUAAGUUAUUUAGUCUAGUAAAUGAGGAAAGGAAAAUCGUUGUAUAUUUUAUUUUCUCACUUGGAAGCUGAACGAUGAAUUUUGUGACAGACUUGAACGAGGAAUGUAAAGCAGAUUUAGAGAACUAGCUUCUCUGGUCUCUUAAUCCUCAAAUUAGAAUUUAGCUCUUAUUAUCUGUAUUAUCUCUGGUUUUGUUUUGACAAGGGGAUUGUUUUACAUUCAGUUGCAAAGCGGAAUAAGAAAAUGUUUUAAAAACAUGCAUGGUGCUAGGGGUCCGCCCUCUCUUAUUGUCUCAGGUUUGUUUGCUGUCCUUCCGCCAAGUUAGAGUUAGGAAUACAAUUUACUCCUAUUCCUAGACUGAAUGAAUAGUGUUUCCUGGGAGGUUCUGGGUGUUCCUCUUUGCAACCCACAGUUGAUCUGCAGAGGCCCUGGCAUUUUGAAGAAACAUGACAUAACCUUGGAAAUAAAUCCGUCUUACAAUCUUUCUGUGAGUAGGAGAUCUAAGUUCUGGAGAAACUCAUUGGUGCUUGGAGUAGCCAAAGGAUGGGGAAGACUGUCCAAGAACUGAGAGAACUAUAUCCGGGUUACACAGUUGUACGCAUAUUCUUUGCUGAGUUCAGAAGCCACGUUGUGUUCGUUUGCAAGAAAUGUGAUAAAUUUACUCAGGUUUUCUAGUAUGCAUUUUCACUUGGUCACGUUUUAAAUAUUUUCAUUUUGAAAAAUAUCUAACGAUCGAGUCAGAUUGCAGCAUUGGCAACUGGAUCAGGGUUGAUCUCUGACUUCCCGCAGAGGUGACAUCAGCCAUCAGAAGUAUGUCCGGGAAUUUAAUUUAGAUGCAUAGUGUCCAGAAGACUGUAUCCAGUAGUAGUAUAAGUAUACUCACUGACUGGCAGACCCUGGUAAAGUCUGUAUGUUGACUGACUGACCGAGAGACUAUGUAUGGUAGGGUCCCGGUGCUGACUGACAGACUCUGGUAAGAUGCAUAUGCUGACCGACUGACAGACUCCAGUAGGAUCUGUAUGCUGAUGACUGACAGACUCUACUGGGGUCUGUAUGCUGACAGUCUGUUUUCUAAUUGUGGCAGUUAAUAGUAUAUGCAUAUUAUUGUCGUUCUGUGUCUGUUGCAUGAGCCCUACAAAGAAAGGAAGGAAGCACUCACUUUUUUUUUUUUUUUUAAGGGGGACAUUCUGUACGCUAUGAUUUUUAAUAGACCUUUCUUUUAGAGUAGCAGCCAAAUCCCCACCGUUUUGCAGCAAAUGAUGAAAACAUCACUUGUGUAUAGUAUUUUGUAAACUCAGCGAAGGAAAUGCCUACUCAAAGCCUGAAAUUGUUACCUCUGCCCGAAUUCAUUCCAUCCAUUCUCCCACUUCUAGGCAGGACUUCCCUUUCACUGCCUGUUUCUGAACCUUCUGUGUCCUCAGCUUCCCUGUUACGGGAUGUAGCAGUGGCUCAUGCCGCUGUGUGUGUAGUUGGCCAUGCAUUUGGCUCUCACUCAUAAUCUGGUACAUAAAAAUGCAAGGGAAAUUUUGCACUUAAAAAUUGAUUUUAAGAGUUGGCAGAAGUAUUCUUUCCAGCAAGCCUUUCACUGGGGAUCUAGGACCAUUAUUUACCAACUUGGUGUUUUUGUAUCUGAAUUGCUUGUGCACAUUUUUUAAAUCGUGUUGGAAUAACAAAAUCAACUCAUUCUGAUCUGGUGGCGGUUUUACUGUGGCAAAAGCAAAGGACUGAUCACCAGCUGUGCCCCUUGGAGGGGGUUGGAAAUGGGUGAAGGGAAUGGACUGACUUGGGAACUCACGUACUAGUUAUCCUGCGGAUUUCCUAGGCACAGCUCUGGUGAAAAAGGAAUGUGAGUCCUUACCAGCGUUCUGAUUUAAUCUGGUGACAUUGAUAUCAAAAUAUGCCACUCAGAUCCACAGAAGGUGUGUAUAACUAUAUUUGAAAUGUUUUUUGUGUGUGCGCGUGUGUGUAGAAUGGGUCAAUAAAAUUGGCGUGUAACUUGAACCUAUCAGAAGGCUUCUGGGUUUUUUGUUUUGUAUUUCGGAUUGUGUUCUCCACCCACUCCCCCCACCUCCAAAACGAUCUCAUGCUGCUCCGUGAUCGAGCCUCAGACAAGCCAAAGCCAGUUGGCAGUGUGACUGGAGUCCUUGAUGGAGUCAUGGCUCUCUUCCACCACCUUCUGGGAAACAUGGGUAGGACGUUAUGGAAGGCACGUGAACUUGAGUAGGAGUUGUGUGUACUUUUUGGCGCCUCUACAAGAAUUAAGAAAAAAUUGACCUCUGCCCACACCGUACUGUGACUCCCAUUAGCAAUGUGUACCUCUUCGUUGUAAAGAAACAAUGUGGAGAUCUCUUAGAAUUUAGUGGGCUGUUCCUUCUGGAAUAUGACCUGCCUGUUUCUAAAGCGCUUACAACUGAAGGGAUAAAAUGGCAUUUAUCUUCUGAGACAGGAAAGAUAGGUGGGAUUGUGUCACUGUCUCCUGCCUCAUUCCUUGGUACCCUCGCAAGGAGCAGGAGCUCGUUAGACAUGCAGACUCUCCGGCCCCGUCACAGGCCUCCUGAAUCAGAAGCUUCAUCCUCAUGGGAUUAGCAAGUGAUUCAGAUGCACAUUUAUCACUUGAGCAACACUGCUCUCGGGGCAAGAAUUUCUCCAGAAAAAAAAAAAAAAACAUUAAAUCCCAGUUUAUGGGAAGAAGUUGAUUUGUGCUACGACCGGUUGCGGGACGGACUGGGAUAACAACCGUAGAGACCCUCUUCACAAGCCAAGUUGCCCUGAAUGUGGUGCCAUUUUCUCGGCAUGGUCUUUUGGCUGGUAGGGGCCCACGUGCUCUCCUUUUACCACAGGGCUUAUGUGGCUCGUAUCUUGGGCAUAUAGCUUAUGGUCUAGGUCUGGAAGAACUGCCUGGUCCAGCAUGGGUACAAGGUUGGUUUCUCAUGACUGUACCGAUGGAGUUUGGCUGAAUCCCAAGGUUUACCCGGGUGUGUGUGAGCACACCAGAGUGUCCAUGCGUGUGUGCGGAUGUGGGGAUCUGGCCUGUGGGGGAGCAGUGGAAGCGGGGGGGGGGGGGCAGGGGUUCUGCGUUACUUUUACUGGUCCCUUUGUGGUGGUGUAACGGCUUUCUCUUUCUUCUCCGGCUCCUAGGCGGAGUCCAUGCUGGCUGUGCACAGGCACUUGUCUUCCACGAUGUCCCUCACGUCGCAUUCCUGAUGACGAGAAGGCUGAGAGGCCAGACUUCUCCAGGAUCAACUAUAAAGCUUGGGAUGUCAGCUCCACAGGGGCUUGAUCAGGAAGUUGAGCGGGGAUCGGACGUUGGGGUCCCCCAAAAUGAGGCCUGGAAAAACAUCACAUUUCUUCCCCUCAUGCCUAAUGGAAUUUCUGCUACACUGAAGAACUUCACUUCCCUGUGCCUCAAAACAUCUAACAGCCUGAGUCCAUUAGUUUUUAUUAUCUCUUUGCUGGGUGUGACCUCAGUUGGUCAAUCUUGUUCCGUUUGGGCAUUUAACUUCCUACCUGCAAUUGUAUCCCUGGCUGGCUGUUCUUUCCUGAAAUGCACACGUACCUCUUUGGAUUUAAUUGUUUCCAAGUGAGCGGGUUGUGCUGCGCAAGCCUUUUCUGUGCUCUAAGAGCUGGUCUCUCCAUCCGUUCCGGGCGAACGGGCUAGAGUACGACAUACCUAUGCGAGCAGUCCCUUUGUCACGUUGGAAACGAGACACAUUCACCGGGUGAAUAGAGAGGGUACCUGAGAAACUCAGUCCCUGAAACGUCUCUACUGUGGUGAUGGAGAAGCAGCGUCAGCUGCCUUUUCGUUUAGAGAAGGUUUUCUUGUUCCAGGCCCCGUAAGGGCAGGAUCUGACUGCAAGGCUCCCCAGAAUGCAUACCCAUCUUCUAACUUCCCUUUUCAUUUUCCACCUGUAUUUUCUAGCUGAUGCUGGGUCCUCUCAUAGCUGCAGAGGGAUAAUACCGUUCUCCAGUGGGUGGGAAUGAAGACGAGAAAGAAAAGUAGGGCACCAUUUACAUUACCUGAAGAAGUUAAGAAGGUUCCUUGGGAAUCAACUCUACCAGGGAGUUCUGGCUUCAAAACAAGUGUAGGGGGACGUGACUUUCUGUGGGGUCUGUCACCAUGAUGUGGUCUCUAAGCUGUCGCUGUGACUUCAAGAGCAGUCUUCUGAUGCCUGCCUCUUAGCUGAUUGUCACUAUCGGGGUCUACUGAUCUGGUCUCUUAGGUAAAAUGCGGCGGGGAGGGGGCGGGGAACAAGGGGGAACCGCGUCCUUGAUGUAUCCAUCAUUUGGUUUCCCUUAAAGAUAAGCCAGGUAAUCAUUCUCUAGAUCAGUGGUUGUCAAAUGUACAAAUAUCUUGUCAGUGUGAUUUUAAUCUGUCACCACUCCAAAGGAGGCUAUGGAAGCUCCAAGGGAUAAAUACCUUACAUGCAACCCCCCACCCUUUUUUUUUUUUUAAGAACAGUAAGUUUUUAGCUUUGUAAAUAAUUUUUCUCUUUCAUGCAAAUACCCACUUGCUGGACAGGAGGGUAAGUAGCAAGAGAAGUAAUGAAAUGCAACUGUUCCCAAAUGGUUCUUUUAUACUGUGGAUGAUACAGAGCUCUGUUACCUAAGAUGUGAUGAGCUGGGCUGCAGGCAGUUCAGCAUCCAGCAACUAGGAGCUGCUUUUAUACGCACAACACUGCCUUCAGAAAGGCUCCUGACUCUGCUCUGUGGCAGGUGAUUUUCAUCUAGCUGCUCGUAGCUUGCUGUACUGGAACGCUUCAGUUCCUGUGAUGCGGGUUUCUUACCGCAUCUAAACACAGUGUCUGUUGAUGAUCCGAUGAUGUUCUUAUUUAGUUAUUUAUUCAUCCAUGUAAGAUAUUUCGAAGUCCCCAUAUUAGUGUUUGCAUGUGUUUAAUCAGAAUGUAAGAUAAUUGCUGGUGUCACUUUUCUGGUAGAAAUUUAGGUAGUUUGAGAUUUUAAGUCUGACGUCCAUAGUAUUACCUUAAACUAAAUUUCCAGGGCAUAGGUAUCUGUCUUCUAUAAAAGGAUGAUAACUGUGCUAAGACACAGUGGAUUGCUUUUGAAUACUUUUUUUUCUCAUUGAUUUUUAUUGUAUCAACCAAGAGAUGCAUUUCUCUGGAGAAAAUAAAAUCAUGCUAAAAUAUGUGAGUAAUAUGCAUUGCUUUGUGAUAAGAAACAUAAUAAAAGUUUUUUUUAAUUUAAA